AAAAUCUCUCCGUAGUCAUUACAUGGCUUACAAUACAAAUACUCUCUUUUAUUCUCUGAUCUUGACAAAUCCAUGUCCAAAAUCUCUGUAGAUUUUCUUCUUAUACACUAGCAAAACAUCGAAAGAAAGAAUCUUUGUGGGUGAUCUUUCCUUUAGAUUUUAUAAAUUUUCCAGGAUUCUGAACCAUGAUCUCUGGUCGCUGUGCAGCUUGCAAGUAUUUGAGAAGAAGAUGCCCUUCAGAUUGCAUUUUCUCUCCCUAUUUUCCUCCCAACGAUCAUCAAAGAUUUGCUUGUGUUCACCGAAUCUACGGUGCCAGCAAUGUCGGAAAGAUGCUUCAGCAAAUCCCAUCCCAUGAUCUCCGAGCUAAAGCAGCAGAUACUUUGUAUUUCGAGGCCAAGUACCGAAUUCAAGACCCAGUCUAUGGCUGUGUUGGUAUGAUCACUCAGUUACAUCAACAAAUACACAGUGCAGAAAGUGAGCUUGCCAAAAUCCGGGCUCAGAUUGCCUUCCUCAAUUCCAAUGAUCAUGCACAAGAAUCCCAAGUUCAGAACAUCGAAACCAAAUUACAUCCCGACUCGAACAUUUUAAUAUUGCCGGAGCAAAUCAAUGCUGCCGGCCUGUGGUCGACCUAUGUUCCUACCUCGGCCAGUAGUACUCAAACUUCUUGGUUUUAAUUAGUAAUGUUUUCAAAUACCAAAUAACAUUAUGUUUGAAGCAAUGGCUUAAUUCAAUGCAUAUUAACAAUAAAAGCUUCCUCUUUGAUGUA